GUUUUAAAUCGUAAAAUAUAGAAGCAUUUGAAAAAAAAAAGGUUUUAUUGUGUUAUUUCUUUUAAUAAGCUUUGAUACAAGAGUUUGGAAUUUAAUUUAUUUGCCUCCGAAAAUGCACGACAGUUUACCUUCACGCUACAAAGUACCUCCAUCUGUGGCAAUCACUCGUUAUCAAACAAACGCACACUAUCACAAAUCUGUCCAUACAAUUUCUGCGUUGUAUCGUGCACUGUGCAGUUUGCAUUAAAAUCACAAUUGAAAUAAAAGUUUUGAUUUUUAAUUAAGAUUAAAAUUUGUACACUCUGCUGAAGUUCUGUGAAUCAAACUAGUGAAACAAUUAGAUUGAGCGCCCUAGGUACAAUUGGUUUUCUGUAUUGUCGCCACGGCCCCGCUUCGUGAGAAUAUCUAGAUUUGAAUCAUAAUUACUUGGUCGAAUUCUGUGAUAAAUACCUAACGUACUGCGUUGUGUUUCUUUAUUUCGUUUCAAGUAGCAUUACAAUUGAGUUUUGUCUUGCAUGUCAAUAGUUUAUUAUAAGUUUUCAGUAGCAGCCCUGGAAAGCGGAUUACGGUUCUACGUUGUAGUUUUGAAGCGUUAUAAUAUGUUGAAAAUUAAAGAUGAAAUUGAUGAAACAGAAAAACACUUCUUUGAAACAACUUUUGGCGCCGUUGAAACAAAACCGUUGGAUGAGCCGUUUGAAAACAAUGAAAUAUCUACAACAGAGGAGUAUUUGGUGAAGAAUGAAGUCGACAAUACUUAUGAAGUUUUGAAGCGUUAUAAUAUGUUGAAAAUUAAAGAUGAAAUUGAUGAAACAGAAAAAUACUUUUUUCAAACAACGUUUGGAGCCGUUGAACCAAAACCGUUGGAUGUGCCGUUUGAAAACAAUGAAAUAUCUACAACAGAGGAGUAUUUGGUGAAGAAUGAAGUCGACAAUACUUAUGAAGUUUUGAAACGGUAUAAUAUGUUGAAUAUUAAACCUGAAAAUGACGAUGCAGAAGAAUACUCCGUUGAACCAAAACCGUUUGAUGUACUGUUCAAAAACAAUGAAAUAACUAUAGUAGAGGAUUAUUUGGUAAAGAAUGAUGUCGAUGAUACUUAUGAAGUUUUGAAGCGGUUUAAUAUAUUGAAAAUUAAACCUGAAAAUGAUGAAACAGAAGAAGAGUUGUUGGAAAAAUCGUUUGAAGUCGUUCAAACUAAACCGUUAGAUAUGCAGUUCUUAAACAAUGAAAUUUCUACAACAGAAGAGUGUUUGGUAAAGAAUGAAGUCGACAAUAAUUAUGAUAUUCAUUUUUCGUGUAAUGCGACCGAUACCUCAAAAAAUACAAAAACCAAAGAUUGCAAUUUUAUUGAAACUAUAAAAAACAAUUCUAAGAAAAAUAUGUACAAAAUACGUCGGUUCGACUGCAAUAUAUGUCAAAGGAGGUUUACAACCAAAAAUAGUAUAAUUCGGCAUAUUGCGAAAUCGCAUUCCAGUACUUCCAUUGGAAAUAAAACACCUCUUAAAAAAAAAGUCACUCAUCGUAACAGGAAAAUCAAAGGAAAUACUCUAAACAUAGAUGGCUUAUUUAAAUGUGGAAUUUGUUUGAAAACGUUUUUAUUAAAAUCAAGCCUGAGAAGACAUUGGCGCGUUCAUACCGGGGAGAAACCAUUUAAAUGCCGUGCCUGUGAAAAAACAUUUCGUCAACAAUCUCAUCUCAAGAGACAUGCACGGAUACAUACCGGUGAGAAACCAUAUAAAUGCGUUGUCUGUGAAAAAACAUUCAAUCAACAAAUUCAUCUCAAGUACCAUGCACGUAUUCAUACCGGCGAGAAACCGUUUAAAUGCGAUGUCUGUGAAAAAACGUUUGGUAGAGAACAUCACCUAAAAGCUCAUGAACGCAUACAUACCAGCGUAAAACCGUUUAAAUGCGAUGUCUGUGAAAAAACAUUUCGUCAACAAUCUCAUCUCAAGAGACAUGCACGGAUACAUAUUGGUGGGGUACGAUAUACCCCACGAUAACACCUCAAAAAAAUAAAGUCAAUCAUUGUAUCUGCAAAAUCAAAAGAAAUAAUCCAAACAAAGAUGGCCUAUUUUCAUUAAAAUCAAGCCUGAGAAGACAUUGACGCGUUCAUACCGGCGAGAGACCAUUUAAAUGCCGUUUCUGUGAUAAAGCAUUCAGUCAAUAUUAUAUUAUAAUAGUCAUAAUUUAUGAACGCAUACAUACCAGUUAGAAACCAUAUAAAUGCGAUGUCUGUAAAAAAUGUUUUAAUAUACAAUCUAACUUCAAAACUCACGAAAGAAGACAUACCGGUGAGAAACCUUAUAAAUGUGUUGUUUGUGAAAAAACAUUUCGUCAACAAUCUCAUCUCAAGAGACAUGCACGGAUACAUAUUGGUGGGGUACAACACAAAUGCUCAGUCUGUGAUAAAUCAUAU